AUGGCCUUGAGCUCCACCUUCUUCUCCAUUCCUUCAAAUCUCACCUCGAAUUUCCGCUCCCCUCUCAGAGUGCCUGCUUUGCAGUUUCUUCAGCUGUCUAACCCGGGGACACGGAGGAGGAUCCGCCGCGAACUGACGUCAGCAGCCGCCAUGUUCGCUGAGAGCACGCUUGUCAGCGAUGUCAUCGCCACCGGCUUGUCCGGCGGGAUUGCGUUGACUUUGCUGAAAAUCUGGGAACAGACGGCUAAGAGAGGCGUCUUUGACCAGAAACUGAAUAGGAAGCUUGUACACAUCACUCUUGGAUUAGCAUUCAUGCUCUGCUGGCCUAUGUUCAGUGCAGGUCGUCAGGGAGCCAUUUUAGCUGCUCUCGUUCCCGGUAUAAAUAUAAUUAAAGUGCUUCUUUUGGGACUUGGUAUAUGGAAAGACGAUGCAACUGUCAAGUCCAUGAGCAGAUUUGGAGACCAUAGAGAGCUACUUAAGGGGCCUUUGUACUAUGCUUCUACAAUCACUUUAGCCAGUGCCAUUUACUGGAGAACAUCUCCAAUAGCAAUUGCUGCAGUUUGCAACCUAUGUGCCGGUGAUGGCAUGGCUGACGUUAUCGGCCGGCGUUUUGGUAACCAAAAACUUCCAUACAAUCCGAAUAAAUCACUUGCUGGCAGUAUUGGAAUGGCAUGUGCUGGUUUCCUAGCUUCCAUCGGAUACAUGCUCUAUUUUUCGUGGCUUGGAUACAUUGAAGAAAGCACCAAAAUGGUGCUCGGGUUUUUUAUUGUCUCGAUUGCUACUACAUUAGUCGAAUCCCAUCCUCUAAGCACGGAGCUGGAUGACAACUUGACGGUGCCUCUCACGGCUGUGUUAGUUGGCAGUGUAAUAUUUUGA